AUGCAUCAACCGCAGCAGCGUCAUCUCUCCACCUACCCGGCACUUCUGGAGCCGACGUGUCGUCGACGUCUUCCAAUGCCACCGGACACCCAUCUGCGACGAAGCAGCUCGCCGCGAAUCCUCCCAACACCACCUCCAUUGUCUCCAGAAUACCGGUGCCCGUCCGCCGCGCCACAUUUGGAAAGAAGGCCGUCGGGUAGACAGUUGCCACGGCCACCGACGGCCGAGCUCAACAAUUUGACAAGUUUGGCUCAGAAUGCUCCAGGCAACACCUCCCGGUGCUCCCUAUCCCCGGUGUCAUUGACACCCGACCCAACACCAGAUGAGCCAGAAUUCUACGAAGAAGAAGAAGAAACCGAAGAGGUCGAAGAUGACGUCGAGGAGGAGUACACACAGGAGGAAGAGGAGGUCGAGUACGAGGAUACGCCUGUAGUGGUGACACCUCCUGAAGAGGUGCGUCGUGUGUCGCCUGAGAUUCUGAUCGCGCCACCGCCACCCCAGCCACGUCGUCUGUCGAAAUUCUCGGUGCAUUCGCCGUCGAUCGAGCAGAUCACCAGCAAGUCAAACUCCGAUACCGAGGCGGACCCGAUUGCUCAUGGGUUGGAUCCAUCGUUGUACUCACCGAAUGCUCCAAUUAUUAUCGAAAAUAAUAAUGCGGCGGCGGUUGUUCAUAAAUCGAGCGUCGCCUCAAGCUCCAGCCCCACACCCCAACAACCCCGUGGUCUCGGACUCCUCCAUUGCUCCCUACUGUACUUUGCAGUCCGGAAGCGUCUACGUGUGACAAUCACCAAGAUUGAGGCACUCGCCGGGGAGCUGAAACCAGAAAUGGAGAUACAUGCACUGUGUAAAGUGAGCAUUCCCGGAUUGAAGGGAGCCAAAGAGCAGACGUCGGAGACGAAGAGGGGACGGGAUCCAAUGUUUAAUCAUGAAUUCUUCUUCGACAAUGUGACACACGAGGAGCUCGACACGAAGAUUGUCCUAAUUACGGCGUGUCACGCAGGCGGCGGAAUUAAGGGAAAAGACAUUGUGAUAGGUGAAGCAUCUGUGCCACUACGAGAUAUUCGAGAAAUGAAUACGAAGAAGGAGAUCAAGUUUAUCGAGGAGAUCAAGGCGUUGGUUCCAAAGAAGCUCGGAAAAAUCUACACCUCCUCCGUCAUCGAGAAGGACUCCAAACGUUUGACCAUCAAUCUCAAGAAGGUCGACGCCCUGCCAAAGUGUGGUCUUAUUGGUGCUCCAGACGUUUGCGUCAAAAUCACGUUGACACAAGGCGCCAAGACCCAGACAAAGUCCUCCAGAAUUAUCAAAAGUACCUGCAGUGCGGUGUACAACGAGGCGGUGAUGUUCCUUUGCGGGACGUCGAAAAACGAUUUGGCACAGACAGCGAUUGUGAUUUCGGUGCAUGACGCGCAGAGAACAUGCACCGGGGAUGAUACUAUCGGAUGUGCUUACCUUGGAGUCGGUGCUAUUGAUAAGUCGGAGAUUGAUCAGUGGAAAGGGACCACGGAGCACUUGGGGAAGGAGUAUAAGGGAAACCACACGCUCAAAGCGCCCCAAACAGCGCCACCCGUCCACGUGGCAGAGGCCAACGACGAUGUUGCAGCGGACGACGAGGACUAA